AUCAAAAUCAUCAAAUGUAUGAAUAUGAUAGAAAAUUAAACUUGAAUCACCAAAAACAACAGAAACGUUAUUAUUAUCGUCAUAAAUAUGCACAUCAAAAUAUAGAUACUGAUGUCAUCAAUCAAGGUUCAACAACACAUACCUUGAUUCCAUCAUUUAUGCCAGAUAUUGUGGCUGGUAUGAAUAACGUUAGUGAUAAUGAUGAGUAUAGCGGCGACAAUGAAUUUAUGGAUGAAAACUGGUUCAAUUAUGAUUAUAACAAUAGUGCUGUAUUAUUUACCAACGGUCACGAUCCAGAUUUUCGUUUACCGCAUAUGCACAAUAUAACUUUUCUAUUAAACGUGAGCCGUGACAUUCCGGAAAAAUUACGAAUUCUAUUGUUUGGCUAUGUAUUGCCCAAUCUGUUCGCUUUGACUAUCAUAACAAAUUUAUUGAUCGUUGCUGUAUUGUCCCAACAGCAUAUGCGUACGCCUACUAAUUUAGUACUAUUGGGUAUGGCCAUCGCCGAUCUUUUAACAUUGUUGAUACCAUCACCUUGGUAUAUUUAUCUUUUCACAAUGGGACAUCAUCAUGAAUCAAUUUAUCCUGUCAAGACAUGUUAUAUAUUUCAUUGGAUGUAUGAAAUAUUACCACCACUAUUCCACACGUAUUCCAUUUGGUUAACAUUGUUAUUGGCUGGCCAACGUUACAUUUAUGUAUGCCAUUUUUCAUUGGCAAGACGUUGGUGCACCGUACCACAAGUGAUUCGUGCCAUGCUGAUAUUAUUAGCCGUCGCCAUACUUCAUCAAUCGACACGAUUUUUUGAUAGAAAAUUUCUACCAAUCAAAUAUGUUUUGGAUGAAAAAAUUUUCGAAGGUUGUGAAUACCACACAUCCGAAUGGGUAAUCAGAUAUUUUGGUGAAGAUCUUUAUUAUAUUUUCUAUUAUGGAUUCCGAAUUAUUUUCGUUCAUAUGGGGCCUUGUAUCUUAUUAGUAUGGCUAAAUGUUCUUCUUUUUCGUGCUUUACAUCGUACGAGAAAAACACGUAAACGUCUAUUGAGUUGUUCAAGAGGAACAACCACCAUGGCUGCUGGACCAACGUCUAUCGUAACUAUGAUGAUGAUGACACAAACAAAUAAUUCAACACGACGAUCAAUUGGAUCGAUACAUACGAAUAUCCAUAAUAAUAAUAAUAAUAAUAAUAAUGAUCAUCACCUCAAUAAAAUAAAUCAUCAUCAACAUCAUCAUCGAAAUCAAACUAAUGGAUCAAUGGAUGAGUCGACUAACCAAAACAUUAAUGACCAUCAAAACUGCAAACAUCUAGCACAAUCAGUAUCGAUCCAUAUUAAUGCCACCAACAAUGAAAAUUCAGACCAUCCAGCAACUGCAGCUAAUCAUCAAAUUAUCGAUUGUGAUCUUGAUGAUGUUGAUGAUAAUGAUGAUGAUGAUAAUAAUAAUCUUGUGGUCAAUCAUAUUAAACACAAAGCAUCCAGUGAUGAUCAACACCAAUCACAAAUCAAAGAUGAUCCAAAUACCAUAUUUUCCAAUAGUCCAACAGCUUUCAAUCGUUACGGUGGAUCGAUCCAACGUGAAAAUUCUUCGAUAAAACUAACGCAUCAGAUGGCCGAUACGAAUACGAAUAAAAUUCGGUUGAAUCGUUUGGAUUCUCGUUCAACGACCGUCAUGUUAAUUGUGAUUGUAUCCAUGUUUUUAUUUCUCGAAAUACCAUUUGCAUUGACAACAAUAUUACAUGUGGUACAAAGUGCAUUCCAAAUGGAAUUAGUCAACUAUAGUGUACUAAACAGUAUUAUAAUGAUGAACAAUUUCUUCAUCAUCGUAUCAUAUCCAAUAAAUUUUGCCAUCUAUUGUGGAAUGUCUAGGCAAUUUCGAAUAACAUUCCAUCAAAGUAUAUUAGCAUCAUCAUGGAAACGUUUACAUUGGCUUUCAGUGCGGUUUUAUGGUUUUCGAUAUUUUCGUCGCAAUCGUAAUAAAAAUUCAACUACAGCAACAGCUCAUGAUAAUAAUGGUCAUUCUAGUGACCAUGAUGGUAUGAUUGACAAAUCAUUUGUCAGUGCAGCCGAUUUGGCCGAAAAGCGUAUCGAUUGUAGUGAAAUUAUGGCUGCAUAUGGUAAUACACAAUCCGAUAUCAAUAACUUGAUGAAUUUAUUUCCAACAACUAAUGAAAUCGAACUUGAACAACAACAACAACAAUCAUCAGGUCACGAUAAAAAUAUCAGCAAUGAAAAUAAUGAUAGCAAUGUUAAGGAAACGGAUUCUAAUUCAAAAUCAUUUACAGUUACAAAUGAUUUUGAUAAUACUGUUGCUAUCACCCAAUUAUUACCUACAUAUGAUCCAACUCCAGAUCACAAUAAUGAUAUAAUCAAUGAACCAUUGUUUGUAUCAAAUGUUAAUAAUCAACAAGAAAAUAAAUUAUCAUCAACAAUGAUAAAAUCCAAGAAUCAUCUUAAACAAAACGAAUCCACUAUUGUCAUUUAUGAUGAUAAUGAUGAAGGUCAUCUUGAUUCUUAUACGCAACACCAUGAAAAUUUCAUUUGCGACAGUAAAAGUAAUAAUAAUCACCAACAACAAACAUCAUUCGCUCAACAUUGGGAUCAACAUUCAGAGAAAUCAUAUCAAAUUGAUUCGACGAUGAAAAUUACAACAACAUCAUCAACGACAACAACAACAACAACAACAACAUCAUCAAAGAAUAAAUUUUUACUUGAAACUAAUCUCUAAAUUCACAUGGAAAUUUAUUACUCUCUCUUGCACACACACACACACCCGCAUCAAAAUUACAUUGAAUUUUCGGAUUUUUUUUAGAUGAGAAAAAAUUUUUGUUUAAUGUAUAGGAUUUUCGUUGAGUCAAUCAAUUUUUUUUUCUUCAUUACUUUAUGAAGAAUGUGAUUGCUUUCCAAUUUUCCUUUAAUUUCUAUCAGAAAAAUGUGCCAAAGUUCAUUAAUGAUUAUGAUGAUGACCCAUGUAAUAUUACGAACUGAAUAAAAAAAACAUUUUUUUUGGUUAAUAAUUUCGUUUGGUUAAGCCGUCAAAAUUGACUAAAAUUUGUAUUGGUCAUUAUAACUGAACUGUAAUUAAAUUUUCCUUUUU